CUUUUUAAAGAGUGAAUAAGUCCUGGCAAAACCCUCGUCUUUGCUUCAACUUCUCCCAUGGCGACUCGGCUCUUCUCUCGUUCUCUCCCUAAAACCCUAAUUUUGGCUUCUAUGUUCUCUCGUUCCUUUCUCACUGCCACCGGAGACGCCAUCUCUGCCUCCUCUCACUCCUCUUUCUCCCUUCUGCGCCGCCUCCGUCCUCUCGCUGCUGUAGUCGCCGCUGAUUUCCGCUGUCUCUCUGCAGCUCCGAGCGUGAGGGAGUUCGCUACCCGUGCCGCUUCUUCGUCUCUUAAUGAUCCGAAUCCUAACUGGUCUAAUCGCCCACCCAAGGAGACCAUAUUGCUUGAUGGCUGUGAUUUUGAACACUGGCUCGUUGUCAUGGAGAAUCCAGAGGAGAAUCUCACGAGGGAUGAGAUUAUAGACAGCUAUAUCAAAACGCUUGCCAUGGUUGUCGGAAGUGAGGAAGAAGCUAGGAUGAAAAUAUACUCUGUUUCAACCAGAUGCUACUUUGCAUUCGGGUGUCUUGUUUCUGAAGAACUUUCUUACAAAAUCAAAGAGCUACCUAAGGUUCGUUGGGUCCUUCCGGAUUCAUACUUGGACGUUAAGAAUAAAGAUUAUGGAGGAGAGCCUUUUAUAAAUGGACAAGCUGUUCCGUAUGACCCAAAGUACCAUGAGGAAUGGAUUAGAAACAAUGCUAGAGCAAAUGAGAGGAAUAGGCGCAAUGAUAGGCCUCGCAAUUUUGAUAGGUCAAGAAACUUUGAGAGGAGGAGGGAAAACUUGCAAAAUAGAGAAUUUCCAAAUGCUUCACCGAAUCAGCCUACUGGACCGAACAUAAGUCCACCAGCUCCAAGUAGUAUGCCUCCCAACAACUUUAGUCCUCCCGAAGGCAACUAUCCGGGAGGACCACCACCUCCGAACAAUUUUAACAGACCGCCGCCGCCGCCGCCAUGCAACUUCAAUGGACCAUCACCACCACCGAACAAUUUUAACCGACCGCCACCUCCACCACCACCGAACAAUUUUAACCGACCGCCACCUCCACCAGCUCACAACUUUAACGGGCCACCACCACCACCGAACAACUUGAAUGGACCACCACCACCACCACCAUCGAACAACUUUAACGGACCACCACCACGCAACUAUUCGCCACCAUUACCAAACCCUGGGGAAGCACCACCGCACAACUAUGAGGGGCCACAGCCAAACAACUAUUGGGGAGCACCACAGCCAAACAGUUACGGUGGACCUUCAAACUCUGGCAAGCCAUGGACACAGAAUAGCUAUGGAGGGAUGCAACAACCUAAUGCUGGUGGAUGGUCUAAUAGUGUGCAUAACAAUCAACAAGAAUAGUCCUCAGCUAAUCGGGGAAGUCUCAAAGUUGCGCAAUUCGUUGGUUGAAUUUACACUACCUCAAAUCCUACUAUUUGGUCACUGAGUAUUCGUUCUGGUGCUAUAAACGAUGAGUUUAGUUUUGCUUUUUGAGUGGGCCUAUGCUCAAAACCUAUCAGAUCUAAAUUCUUGUACGAAAUAAAAAAUAUUCAUGAGAUGUAAUAUUCAUAAUUUUAUCUUUGUUCUAAACUUGGAAUGUUAUUCUCUUUUGGCCAUAUAUUUUUUCAAGCUUGCAGCAAUGCUCCUUGUAUUUAGCCUUAUUCAGUGAAUUUUGUAAUGACUAAUGUUAGAGGCAUUUAUAUA